AUGCAAUCCAAAACCUUUGUCCAUUUAUUGUACCAAAUUUUAAAUGAUUGUUCUUUGAACGAUUUAAUAUCAUGGACAGGUGAUGAUCCAUAUAUUUUCCAAUUAAAACCAUACUCGAGAGAAUUCGAGUAUAGAGUCUUAAGAAAGUUUUUCAAACAUGGUAAAAUUAGUAGUUUUGUUAGACAAUUGCACAUGUAUGGUUUCCAUAAAAUAAACAAGCAACAACAAUCUGAGAAUAAUAAUAAUAAUAAUAAUAUAACUAAUGGUCGUUCCAACAAUAAUAUCAAUGUUGUCAAUCCUAUAAUAGGAAAUAAUAAUAACAAUAAUAACAAUAAUAAUAAUAAUAAUAAUAAUAAUAAUAAUAAUAAUAAUAAUAAUAACGUGGUAUGGUUUUUUGUUCAUAGUACAGGCUCCUUUUACAGAGAUUCUACUUUCUCCGAAUUGAAUAAAAUUCAAAGAAAAUCUUCAAAUCAUAGAAGGAAAAAUGUUCUAUCCCCUUUAAGCGUAAGCUAUUUCCCCACAAAUACUAAUACUAGCACUACACCUAUGGCAUCAACAAAUCUAACUAAUACAAAUAUACCAAUCAACAGUACCGCAUCCUCGUUAACUACUUUGCCCUCUAGGCAUACUUCGUAUUCUGUCGGGAUACAAAAUUCUGCUAUUGUAGCAAUGUCCAAACAAAGAGCCAUAUCUGCUCCCGAGUUAAUAGGCCAUGCUUCAGGUACCAACAUGAAUUUAAUAAGUAAUCCAGUAAUCACAUCAACUAUACCGCCAAAUAUUACUAAUAUUGGAACCGACCAAGACAAGCAGCAUAAUGGCAGUAAUAUCUACACUGAAACUGAUUACAAUGAUAAUAUCCUUGAUGAUGCUAAUAGCAAUGACUAUGAACACCAUCAGUUACAGAAUGAUGGAGAAUAUUUAAAAGAUAUUUAUAUGAGACACAGUUUUAUAUUACAAAAAUGUAUGCUAUCUAUCACAGAAGUAUUAGAAAGUUUUAGUAAUUACAUUUGUCAUGGUAAUACUUAUACUAAUAAGGAUAAUAAUGAUAAUAAUCCCGCACCUUAUGGCAACAAUCAGUUGGAACACAAUAUUACUCAAUUACAACAUAUUAAACAAGAAUUAAUAAGUUUACAAAAUAAUGGUUGUUCGCAUCCUACCUCUGGUAGUAGCGGUAAUAACACAGAUAAAAAUUAUCCAAUUAAGAAUAAUGCUCGUAAACAAAGCAAUUUAUCAAGAAACUCUAUCGGAUAUACCCCUAAAGCUGAUAAUCUGAGAAAAUAUUCUAUGUUGUCUAGUAUGGUAUCAUCUGCUUCAUUAUAUCCUUCUGUAGGAAAUAGCAGUACACCUACUAGCAACACUACAAGGUCAAGCAUGUUAUCAGACUAUAGAAACAAUAGUAUUGUUUCACCAGGCACACCCAUUACAACUAAUGGUGCUAUUUCUAAACAAGGCGGUAGUAUAAUUAGUACUAUUUCUAAUAACAAUGAUCAUGACAAUAUUACUAUUGAUAUUGGUAAUAACACCACUAAUAAUGAUAAUAGUGAUAAUGAUAAUAAUGAUAGUAAUAAUAAUAGUAAUAGUAAUAGUAAUAGUAAUAGUAAUGCUAUAGAACAUAAUCAUAAUCAUAGUAAUAAUAAUAAUUUUUAUUACACCGCUUUAUUAAACAAUAAUAUUACUAAUGGUACAGGUACCUUUAGUAAUAGUAGCGGCAAUGAGAGUAAUAAUAUCAGGAAUAAUAGUAAUGACAAUAAUAGUAGUGAUAAUAAUAAUCUUAAUGCAAGCACUGGAAAUGUUAUAAUGGACCCGUAUUAUACUAAUAUCAAUACUUCAACUGUGAAUAGCAUUAAUGGUGGGAAAAUUAGUAACAAUCCUACCAACAAUGUUAAUAAUAACUUAUUAAUUGAAGAGCAACAUUAUAAUAAUAAUAAUAAUAAUAAUAAUAAUUUUUUAAGAUAUUACUAUACAGCUAAUACAAAUAGCGGUGCAGAUUCUACUACUGGUAAUAUUUAUAACCGCAAUACUAAUGAUAAUAAUAAUAAUAACAAUAAUAAUAAUAACAACAACAACAAUAACAACAACAAUAAUAAUGAUAAUAAUAAUAACGGUUAUAGUUAUCAUUGA